AUGUCAAGCAAGGAGCAGAAAGAUACAGAGAGAAGUGCCAAGCGCCCUAGGGUUGAUCAGAGUCUCCCAUCAGAUGACUUGCAGAACCCAGAUCCAGUCACCCCCGCAAACAAUCCGGCGGUUGAUACCAGUGAGAUGGGCAGCUGUUCCUCAGGAUCAAACGUGCAGGAGGCCAGGGAGCCUGUUCAGAAGAGGAUACGGGAUUUCAAAGGGGACAUUACCCGGUCCUUCCUGGCAAAGAGGAAGCAGUUUGAAAAGGAUAUACAUGCCUCGUUCAGAAUCCUGAAUGCAAACCUCCACAGUAUUUUCAAAGCGCAGCAGAAGUCAAGGCAAGAGCUUCACGCCAUGCACUCCCAGAUCUUUGAGUCCCUGCAUCAGAGGUGGCUGGACGAUGUGGAGAGUUCACGGGAGCAAGAAGAACACCUCGCUCUUAUAACUUGGAAGCAGAUGAAGAUUUUACAGAAAGCCAUAGGGGAUCAUGAAACCAAGAUCGGAAACGCUAAAGAGCUAUGUGACACAUUUUUGAAGAAAGCCAAGGACUUGCAUGAACAUCGCAAAGCUUUCAUUGGUAGCGAAGAAAGUGAAGUGAAGAAAGAAAUCUCCAAGGCGCAGGACAGAGUUAUUAUGGAAAGUCAAGAGCAGGAUGUGUCAGUUGUUGAAACGUACCUUCAGUCCCUGGUCCUUGACAGCUGUGAAGAAACCUUCUGAAGCUCAGCUGGAGGAUGCCCAGGGAGCAAUAGCCGUGCCCAGAGGGUGUUAGUAGUAGUCAGUGCAGCUCCUUUCUCUUUACUUUGUCGGUUAGAAAUAAGACGGAGACUCUGUUGACCAUGAAGUGAACCCCCAACAGUUCUGUGAGUAGCAACAUUUAA